AUGACUGAAUGGGCAUUUAAACAUCUCGAUGAGCCAAUUGAUUCUCAAGAUCCUAGCGAAUAUUCUAAAACUUAUAUGGAAGCCAUAAUGGAAAAUGGUACAGUAGAGAGGAACGAAAGAAUAGUGACACCAAAGAUGAUGAUUUAUUUAGAUGAAUUAAACGAAAAUGUGGAAGAUUCAGAUUAG